CUCAUGUGGGAACAACAAACUUGGGGAAGAUUUGGGCAACAGUUUCCCAGUUAUGAAUUUCACUUUUCGUCACUGUUUAAAUUUAGUCCAAAUGGACUGAUAACUUGGACAAUAACUAUAGGAACACCUCUGCCUGACAGAUUUGAACACACUUCUAUUCAGGAUUUAUGGCCUAUGUUACCAUACCACUGAACUGGGAGUGUUCCAAGUACGUGGUUUAGUGACAAACCUGGAUGUCAAGUUACGGCAAACUGAAACUGGUGGAAUUGUUUUAUGAUGUAAUAUCCCCUUACUCAUGGCUAGCAUUUGAGGUGUUUUGUCGGUACAGGAACGUAUGGAAUAUCAAUCUGAAGUUGCGACCUGCCCUUCUGGGUGGAGUCUAUAAAGGUGCCGGUAACAGGAGUCCUGAUGAGGUUCCUAGAAAGUUCCACUACAUGGCAGCAGACCUACUCCGCUUGGGCUCCUACGCCGGAGUUCCACUCAGAGUUCCUGCUCAGCCUGUCAAUGUUUUGAUGGCCAAAGGUUCUCUGGAGGCCAUGCGCUUUGUGACUGCAGUGGCUGAGAAGGAGACAGGUGGAGAUGCCCAGGUGGAGAAGGUCUCCAGGGAGCUGUGGAUGAGAAUCUGGAGUAAUAGCCAAGACAUCACCCAGCUCAGCUCUCUUGCAGAGGUGGGUCUAAAUGCUGGACUAUCUGACAAGAAGGUACAAGAAUUACUGGAAAUGUCUCAGAGUAAGGCAAUCAAGGACAAGUUGUGGACAACUACCCAAGAAGCCCUUGAUUAUGGGGGUUUUGGAUUUCCCCUCACAGUCUGCCAUGUAAACGGAGAGGCCAAAAUCUUCUUUGGAUCAGACAGAUUUGAACUAAUGGCUCACUGUCUCGGUGAGAAGUGGAUGGGACCACAGCCUGUGCACCCGUCAGUAACUCUCAGUCAACAACCAGCCUUUAUGAGAGCAGCCAUGGCCCAUUGAGACUUUCUCUUUGGACAGAGACAUUGAUAUCUUCUUUAAUGAAUUGGAUAUGGGACUAUUGUUUACUUAAGUACAUGCUCCUACCGUGCUAAUUUAGCCCCAGGCUACCACACCCCAACUCAGACCCAGUAGCAGCACUACUACCGUGCUAAUUUAGCCCCAGGCUACCACACCCCAACUCAGACCCAGUAGCAGCACUACUACCGUGCUAAUUUAGCCCCAGGCUACCACACCCCAACUCAGACCCAGGAGUCAGGAGCCCUUGGUUGUGGAAAUGAAAAAGAAAGUGACUAUUAAAAAUAGUUUGUGUACAUAUUACAGAUAUUUCAGUAUUUAUAUUAAUGUCAAGUCAACUUUAUAUAUAUAAAAUAAAAUAUGUUAUUCUUUUCUAAA